AUUUUGUUGUUAUCGCUGUUAUCGUAAAGUCGCAUGGCCGGCGAAAGAACUUUAAUUUUUUGAAAUUUGUCAGCGAAAUCAGUUUAUUAUUUCCACCAACGACGUUCCUUCUAGGCUCAGUACUAAAAAGACCAGGAUAAUUUUAUCUUCUCUGAAAUAAUAUAUCACCUCCUCGAUGGAAACUCUUGACCCGAAAGCGCAUGUUGAACUUGCAUGUUCAACUGCUGAAGAGUUCACAAAAAUCUACUAUGAAAAUAUGGACAAAAAGAGACUGCUCAUGCCUAAAUUGUACCUUGACAGUGCAGCAGUUGUGUGGAAUGGAAAUGGGUUUUCUGGAAAGGAGAGUAUCAUAAAACACUUGGAAGAUUUGCCAGGAUCUCAUCAUACUGUAACUACCUUGGAUGCUCAAAAAGUUCCAGAAUCCGUGACAGGAAACAAACUGGCAUAUGUGAUUCAAGUGUAUGGAAUCGUUAAGUAUGAAAUACAUAGAGAACAGAAGUCCUUCCACCAAAAUUUUAUGAUUAUUACUGACGAAGAUAACAAAUGGAAAAUCGCAAGUGACUGCUUCCGGCUCCAGGAUGCAAUCCAGAAAUCUUAGUUCUGGUAACUGCUCCUCCUCCUUGAUUCUAAAAUGUUAAUUUAUUUUGCUGUAGAGACUUCUUUCAAAUCAUGAAACAUGGAUGUCACCUAGAAUCAUGUAUUAUAAAAGAUCUCUAUCAAAGCAUAUCUUCUUGCUAAGUUACUCGACUAAGAAUUGUCAAAGCUCUUAACCAAAGUUCGAGCAUUGUAUUGUACAAAGUGUAUAAAGUUUUUUUUAUAAUAAAUACCGUAUUUUUUUACCAGAAAAAA